UGCAAAAAAGAAUGUGUAGGUCACGUGCAAAAAAGAAUGGGUAAACGUCUACGUGAUCUAGUAAAUAAAACUGUUGAACAUAAAGUUGUAAAAACCGGAAAAAAUGCUGGUAAAACAAGACAAAGUAAAUUACUCGGUGGCAAAGGAAAGCUCACUGGAAAAGUCAUUGAUAAUUUGAGUCGAUACUACGGAGCAGCAAUCAGACAUAAUUGUGAUUCUUUAGAAGGAAUGAAAAAUGCAGUCUGGGCAACGUUCUACCACCAGCAGUCAACAGACGAUUACCCUCAACACCAUAAGUGCAUGAGCGGUGAGAACUCGUGGUGUUCGUAUCAAAAAGCUUUGGCCACAACAGGAGUGGAAAAUUUCAAUCAUGACUACACUCCACUUCCACAAGAUAUCAUAGAAGCGAUCAAACCGAUUUAUGAAGAUUUGAGUAAAGACGAACUUCUAGAAAGGUGUCUUGGAGGUUUUACUCAAAAUGCCAACGAAAGUUUGAACCAGCUGACUUGGAGAAUUGCACCGAAAAAAUUAUCUGGCAGCAGACAAAUUGUUAAAUUUGCAUCUUAUGUAGCUGCAUGCACAUUCAAUGAAGGUGCUGGUGCUCUUCUAACUUUUCUGUCUGACAUGGACGUCAGUGUCGGCCCAAGCGCUCACGAGUAUGCAUCAUCUACGGACAGCAAUCGCAUUGAUAGGGCCGAGUUCCAAGCUGUGCAGCAGAGCAAAGAAGCCAGAAUAAAACGAAGACUUGAAAAAAAACAGGCUGAAGACAUCGACAAUGCUGAAGGAUGUGUGCUGUAUGGAGCUGGAAUUGAUGAUUCUGUAUAAUUUCCGGCCGAGUUACAGUGAACACCGCAAAUUGUUUUUUUUUUCAAGACGUCCUGGGGGAAGCUCUGUCACGGGCUAAUGGUUUAAUAUUUUUGUAUGAAAAAUUUA